AUGACACCCGCGUUCGGCUUCUCAGUGGGGGAUCUCAUCAGCGCCAUAGGUCUCGUGAAAAGAGUCACCAAGGCGUUGAAGGAGACAGGAGGAGCUCCCACGGAUUAUCAAUUAGUGGUCAUCGAGCUCAAGGGUCUGAAGAGCAUACUGCGACACCUCGAGACGUUGAAGCCCACCAAAGAUAAUGUCACCCACAUCAACGCCAUUGGCGGCAUGGCUCUUGCGUGUCAGCUGCCUCUGCGAGACUUCAUGAUCGCUUCGAGCGAUGGUGAGGAAGUCGAGCGUUUACGGGCCGUGGUUGCAGCAAAACCCAUCAGCCUCAAUCUCCUGCUCGCCAUGAAUACGUCGCAAACGCUCACACCCAUGGAUUCCCCGGACCAAGAGAAGCACAGCGACCUGAUGUCAAUGGCUGCCGAGCUUUGA